UCCGCCGCCGCUUCCUGUUCCUGUCCAGCCCAGGUUGGCCUAGCUCGUGUUCCCGUCUUGUGCUGUCCCGUGUGUGCGCCCGUCGCGCGCCUCCCUCUCCUCUUUCCCGCCGCCCGCUCGCUCGCUCCCCCUACCCCAGGCCUCGCCACACGCGCCGCGCGUUCCUCCCGCCCUCCGCUUCCCCGGAGCCGCCGCCGCCGCCAUGGCGAUGAGACAGACCCCGCUGACGUGCUCCGGGCACACGCGGCCCGUGGUGGACUUGGCCUUCAGCGACAUCACCCCCUACGGCUACUUCCUCAUCAGCGCCUGCAAGGAUGGUAAACCUAUGCUACGCCAGGGUGACACGGGCGACUGGAUUGGAACAUUUCUAGGUCAUAAAGGUGCCGUCUGGGGUGCCACUCUGAAUAGGGAUGCCACUAAAGCAGCUACAGCAGCUGCAGAUUUUACAGCUAAAGUAUGGGAUGCUGUUUCAGGGGAUGAACUGAUCACACUGGCUCACAAGCAUAUUGUCAAAAGUGUGGAUUUUACUGAGGACAGCAAUUACCUGUUGACAGGUGGACAAGAUAAAUUGUUGCGUAUUUAUGACUUGAGCAAGCCAGAAGCAGAACCUCAGGUGGUCAGUGGACAUACUUCGGGUAUUAAAAAGGCUUUAUGGAGCAGUGAUGACAAACAGAUCCUUUCAGCUGAUGAUAAAACUGUCCGCCUCUGGGACCGGAAUACCAUGACUGAAGUAAAAGCAAUAAAUGUUGCAAUGUCUGUGAGCAGCAUGGAGUAUGUUCCCGAGGGGGAGAUACUGGUGGUAACCUAUGGGAGGACUAUUGCUUUUCAUAGUGCAGAGACUCUGGAGCAGAUUAAAUCGUUUGACGCUCCUGCUACAGUCAACUCUGCAUCCCUUCACCCUGAGAAAGAAUUUCUUGUUGCAGGUGGUGAAGACUUUAAACUUUAUAAAUAUGACUAUAAUACAGGAGAAGAGCUAGAAUCUUACAAAGGACACUUUGGUCCCAUUCACUGUGUGAGAUUUAGCCCAGAUGGAGAGUUGUAUGCUAGUGGCUCUGAGGAUGGAACGUUAAGACUGUGGCAGACGACAGUAGGGAAAACAUACGGUCUUUGGAAAUGUGUAGUUCCUGAAGAGGAGGGUGGAGAGCUGGCAAAAGCAAGGGUCAGCCUUCCAGGAACGGCAGAAGAGGAGCUAGAAGACCUUACUUCUGAAAAUUCAGAUUCCAUCUACAGCUCAACUCCUGAAGUUAAGGCUUGACCAUCACAGCUGUUAUGCAACAAAUGGACAUAGAGACUAAAUCAAGCAAACGGUGAUAAGCAGCAGCCUUCCAGAGUGCGCUCUCUACAUAAGGCAAAGAUGGGCAGUAAUUGAUGAGAAUGUGUUGGAACUGGCUAGGUGGUAUCCAUAAGAGAACUGAGUAUCGAAAAAGACAAGUAGUAGAGUUUUGCUAUAUUUUAGCGCACCUGCCUACUGUCUUUUUGAAUGAAGUGUGCAAGCCAAGAUCCAGUCUCUCCAAUUUCAAUUAAACUUACUGUAGUGUGUUUUCUUUAUUAUGGAGAAAAAAUUUAAUGGCUUUUACCAGUAUUUUUUCUGAAAGCUGAAAGAUGUGGCUUUAGUUGUAAAGCAGGGAUUAUGUGCUCGAGUAUUUGGUUCGGUUUUUCUGUUUCAUUGUACACCGCUUCUGAACAUCUAACCGUUUUCAGUUGUCUAAAUAAAAUGCCUUGACAACA